GGUUGAAAGCGAAACAAAACCAGGUGCGUCAAGUGACAACGAGGAUGAGGAUUUUAAAGAUGCCAUGGAAUUUGUCUUGUGUUAGUUGAGAUGCGAGUUGGUGCCUGUGGCUGGUAGGAGGCUACUGAAUCAAUACUUGCCUUACUUCACUUGUAUAUCUUAUCAUGGAGGCAGGUCAGCCUUCACCACGCCAUGUGAAGUUUGAGGAUGUUGGCACAGGAGACGAGAAAACAUGUGAACCAGUUCAACUGGAUUUGGAAUCCUCCUUAAAAGACUGCCAGCGUGCUCUGACGUUGUUCUUUAACAAUAAAUUUGGAGAAGCCAGGGAAUGUCUGAAGCCAUAUUCAGAAUCAAGCAUGUAUCAUGCUCUUGGGUAUGGAACUAUUCUGUACAUACAGGCUGUUAUGACUUUCGACAUGAAAGACAUAGAAGCUGCCAUCCAAGUGAUGAAGAAAUCUGUGAUAGUCUGCAACCGAUUCAGAAAGAAGUCUUCUUUAUUUAGUGCAGUCACAAAAACAAAUUACAAUGAUUUUUCUGAAGUUGAACUCCAUGCAGAAUUGUGCUAUGCAGAAUGUUUGUUGAUCCGAGCCUUGUUGACGUUUAUACAGGACGAAAACCUCAUUAGUUUUGUUAAAGGAGGAUUGAAGAUACGGGAGUGUUACAAAAUAUACAAGGAAUGUGAUAAGAUGCUCAAAACGCGGAAAUGGAGUUGUGGCGAUCAUAGGAUCCAUUUUGAAAGUGGGGUCAAGAUGGGGGUUGGGGCAUUUAACUUGAUGAUUUCUUUGUUGCCAAGUAAAAUAAUGAAACUUCUAGAAUUUGUUGGAUUUUCAGGAAAUAAAAAAUUUGGUUUGUCCGAACUUCAUAAAGGGAGUGAAGUACCGACAAGUCUUAGGGGACCUCUGUGUUCUAUCAUACUGGUUGCAUAUCACACUGUUGUCACAUUUGUGUUAGGUCUAGCAGAUGGGGACAUAGAAUACGCAUCUGAACAAUUGCAGCCUUGCUUGAAGCAGUUUCCACAGGGAGCUUUGUUCCUUUUCUUUGCUGGUCGAAUAGAAGAAGUGAGAGGGAAUUUGGAAUCGGCCAUCUACAAGUUUGAAGAGUCGAUUGAAUCUCAGUCUGAGUGGAGGCAGUUUCAUCACUUGUGUUACUGGGAGCUCAUGUGGUGCCACUGUUUCAAGGGCGACUGGUUGAUUGCCAUGAAGUAUGCAGAAAGGCUAUGUCGUGAGAGUCGGUGGAGCAAGGCGACAUACACCUACCAGAAAGCCACGUUCCUCACAAUGUGUGAAGACCAGACAGAGGAGACGAAGGCUCACCUCAACUACCUGUUCAGUGAAGUCCCACGUUUGAAGCAAAGGAUUGCAGGCAAAUCCAUCCCAUUUGAAAAGUUUGCUGUUGCCAAAUCUAAAAGAUACCUCGAGCAAGAUGGACGCAUGACUCUUCCUGCACUGGAGCUGAUCUACGUAUGGAAUGGAUUCAGUAUUAUUGGUAAGAGGCAGGAACUGUUGGAGCCCCUGCUUGUGAUUAUCGAGAAGACCCUCAAUAAAAUACUGGUCAACAAAGAUUCAUACCAGUAUUUCUAUGAUGACUACUCACUGGCAUUGCUGUUGAAGGGAGUAUGUCUGCGACACAGGGGCCAGGCCUUUCAAGCAGAGCAGUGCUUUCAGGAGGUCAUAUCUUAUGAGAAGAUGUUGAAGUUUGAUACAUUCCUAGUUCCAUACUCGCUGGUGGAAAUUGCCUUGUUAUAUCUAGAUGCAGAAAGAGUUGAGGAUCUCAAAAAGAUUCUUGACAAAGCAAAAAAACAUUACAAAGGCUAUUACUUGGAGUCACGUCUUCAUUUCCGAAUCCAUGCAAUACGACUGCAGUUGAACAUUUUGAAAAACAGUGACGGAGACGCAGAGGCUGGUUCUUCUGCCACACAGUCUCCAGACUUGUGUCAAAAAUCAUUCGACUUUAUUGAUAGUGUGGACUUGACAGAUGGAGAAGAAUUUGUUGCAGCGUCAUGAUUUCUGUGAUAUUUAGACCAAAAAACAGAAAGACAGACAGACUUAAUUUAUUAUCCAAGAUAAUCUGCUGUAUUCAGGUUUUAUUAUAGUGUGUGUCUCUGAGUGUUUUUGGUUCUGUGUUUAUUUGGUAAACUUUAAAGAAAAAACAAUUUUGAAUUCAUAGUCCACAAAAUUGUUAUUUUUCUUUACAUAACUAAAGACAUAAAAGUUUGUUUAAUAUAUUAUGAGAAUUCAACCAGUCCAAAAUAUUGUUAUUAUUCUGUACAUAACUGAAAUCAUAUAUGUGUGUUUGUGUCAGAUUUGUUAUUAAUAAUGUAAAACAGUUUUGAAUUCAACUGGACCACAUUUUCGCUAUUGGUGAUUGAAGACAUAAAAGGUAGAAAUAUAGAUACCUACAUAAAUAUGUUCUGUGUAUCUUUGACAUAUAUAUGAAAUGAAUAUUUUGUUGUAGCAUUGCCAUAGCAUGUUAUGUGGUGGUAUGUUUGCUAAACAGUAAGCUAGAGUAAAAAUUGUGAAAACAAUUAUUGCACAUGCUUAUAGGGGGCUUGAUGGAGUGAAAUAUACUAAACCAAGUCAAAACUGCUUUCAGUUACAUGGUAGUGUUCUAUGACAAAAAGAAUUGCCUUCUUAAAUAUGACAAAACCUUGUUUAAUAAAUGUGUAGAAAUAUACGUCUUAGCAAAUGCUUAUCCCUUAAUGGCCUAAAAUGCUAUUUGUAUUCUGGAUAAAAUUCAAAUAACAAAUUCAGAUCUAAAGUAAUUGUGCAAGCUUCUUAAUAAAAUUAAAAUUAGGACACCUACCACUCUUAAAAAAAUAAGUUCACUAAGAACCUAAACUUAUUAAUUAUUGUCUGAUAAGUGUCCAUAGUAGAAAGUGUCACUGAUGAAACUAAUUCACAAGUUUAUAAUAUGCUUUCUUUACUGAUUUUAAUUUUAAGUUAAGUAUACAAAUUUUUUUUAUAAACAAUCAUUGGUUUUCCAAACAAUUGUUAGCAAUAUGAAGUAAAGAUAAAAUGGUACUAAAUCUACUUCUGGCAAUGGUUUUCUUUGCAUUUUUUCUCAACAUACAAUCUGUUGUGCAAUAUAAGUUGUAAGUAACAUUUUCCAGAUUCCCAUGUACAAAUUCAAUGCAAUAAAUAGCCUUGUCUUGAUAAAUAGCCUUGUCUUGAUAAAUAGCCUUGUCUGGAUUAAUAGCCUUGUCUUGACUGAUGUGGGAAUUGGCUGUCACUCUGCAGAAGACCUAACUACUGCAAUGUUAUUGAUGAUCCACUUGUUUGCAUUGUUAAGCCAACAUCUAUAAAAUGUCCUCAGAAUCAUCUUGCUGAUUCAGUAGUUCGUGGGCCUGUUCAUUGAAUAAUUAAUUAAAGGGACAAAACCAUGAAAUAUAAGGUUUAUGUGAUGGAAAGAGCAUUAUUACAUACCAACAGUUAAAUAAAUAGAAUCCACAUAUUUUUGGAAUUACUGAACAAUGUCUGGUUUCUUAGUAACAGGUUCUGGUUUAGUUAGGGGUGUAUGCACAUUUCAUCUGUUUUAAAGGAAUUGGUUUUGCGAUAUUAAAUAGAUCUGUGUUACUUUUUGAUAAAUGGAGGCUUACGUUUUUUAGCUUGGGAACAACAUUUUAUUUUAUUAUUUUCACCAUCUCCAUUCUUUUUCUUUUAAGUUCUACCUCAUUUUUUGUUCUACUUAGGCAAAACUAGUAUUUCAACUUUUUUUGUAUUGAUCUUGUGUGUGCAAUCACUACCCAUCUGUUGUAGUUAUUUGUACCAGACACUUACAUAUUUACCAUCAGGUUUUAUUUAUCAUAAUUGGAGGUUUGGUUUUGCCACUUCAAUUCUGUAGUGACUUCUGCAAGACAGCAGCACUUUACACUGUGAUAUAAAACAAACUAUUUUUUGUUUUAUUUUGUUAUGUAUUAUUUAUCAGUACCUAACCUUUGAAACAAAUGUGCUUUGCUCAGUGGGUCCAGUUAAGUUUCAAGUCAUUUGUUUUCUAUGAGUCAUGACACUGUUUUAUUUUAGCAUACCAUUAUAUUAUUAAAAUAUUAGUUUGAUAACAAGAGUUUAUUUGUUUUACAUUUUGUUGAUAUUUUACUUAGACCUUUCUAAAAAAGAUUGUAGAGAAAAUUUAUUUAAUCAUUCCUUUCCUUUCCAGAGAUAACCGUGUGAUAAGAUGAUUGUGCUCCACAAAAAGUAAAACCAGAAAUGUACACUAAAAUUAAUGACAUUGACAAGUAACUAACAUUUAUUUGUAAGAUAUACCGCUUUCCCACAAUCUAUUGCAUAUCAUUUCAAAACUCAAAAGCCUUUGGUCAUGGAUUUUGAAAUCUCUUGACUGGACAUGAUAGAGGCUCAGGAAUUCUAGUAAAAUUUUAAUUAAUCUGUCCUAUUUAAGAAUGGCAUUCACUGUUUUGACAAUGUGUUGCAAUUUGAAAAUCAUGAUAUUUCUAUUUUUGUUGGUCAUUUCAUAAAUUCACCCAAGCUAAUAGCAUACAUCACCCACACACAUUAAGAUUUUUACUUUGUGAGGUAAAGGUGAUCAAAGAAAGUAAUGUUCUCAUGACUUCCCAAGGUGAAAUUCUCUCCAGAAUUGUCCACACACGAGAGCUAUCUGCUCAGCAAAAUGUCUCGGCUGAUAGCUUUCAUGUGUUAUAGUCCUUGAAGAUAUAUUUGUCAUUUUCUCAAUGCUCACAAUAUCUUAAGUUUUUAUUCAGCCAUUAAUAACAUUUUAAAUGCAAAUAAAAUCAAAAUAUACUAAGAGAAAGAAAUAAGGGAACACUUGGUAUUGUAGAUUUAGAUUUAAUUCACUUCCAGCUUAGUAAUGUCUGUGUAUAACACAGAGAUGUAAUGUGGGAGUGAAUGCCAAUAAUGUGUGAUAUAGUGUGAGUAACUUCCUGAUACCAUGGAUUAGGGUACUGGUUGCAGUCACUCUCUUCUGUCAAUCUUUCUAUAAUCUCUCUAUUUUUUCCCACCAAUAUAUCAUUAGCCAAAUGCUCAAUGCAUCUAAAUAGUACCGUAAUAUUUUAUAUUUCAAACUUGUUGCAAAUGACCUACAUGUUUUUAAUAGCUGUAAAAAUAUUUGAAUUGGUUAAAAUUAAAAUGUAUUUCCUAUGUCAUCUUACAUACCAUAAACAAAUGUACACAUUUAGAUUAUAUACUUUUUUGUUUUCAUUAAAUACAUUUUGUUUUUAUUAAAUUUAUUUUUGUUGUCUACAUUUAUAUUUUCGUUUUUGUUAUAAAUUUGUGUUGUUGUUAAGAUUAUUUAUUAGAUUUGAUCAAGGCUGUGUUCAAAUAUUUAUCGCUUUUUAUUCAUUCGAUGGUUGGCUGUAUAAUAUUAAUGUUCUGUAAUUUAUUAAUUGUAAUAUUUAAAUGUUCUAUAAAUACCAGAGUGUUGUAUCAAAGUGUAUUGCAUGUGCAAGAUGUGUGUAGUAUUUAAUUUUAAUAAACCAUAUUGAUUAUUAAGGGUAGCCAUACUUUUCUCAUUGCCAUAAUGAAUCCUUAUUAUCAGUAUUCACUGUUAUAAGCUAUUCUCAGUUUAUUGUUCCAUAUGGGUUAGGACACAUCUUUUCAUAAAUUAAACUGACCUCUCACCAAGUAGAUCCCCCCCCUCCCACCACCACCAUCCCACCCUCUGGAGGAAAGGUGGGAGAGGUAGUCACGUAACAAGAAGUGGAUGCCAAAGACGCAGUGAAAAGUUGUUGUUAUUUGAUUAGCAGUUGGGAUAUUCAGACCAGUUCAGUGUUACUGGGGGGUGGGGGUGGGGGUGGGUGGGGGAUGGGAAUACACUUGGUGAUUGGUUAAGUACAUGGCAUUCAUGAAAAGAGAAACUUUUUCUUCAUUUAUUAAGUUUUCUUCAUAUUACAUUAUCAAAAAUCUGUUUCAAAUGAAUUACACUAUUAAGAAAGUAAUACAGUGAAACACCUCUAAACCGGACGCCCUUGGGACCAAGUAAAAAGUCCAGUUUUAAGAGGUAUCCGGUUUAGAGAGCUUCUCUUCUGUACAUAUAUUUAAAAAGGGACCAUGAAAAAUGUCCUGUUUUGAGGGAAUUCCGGUUUACAGAGGGUCCGGUUUUGAGAAGUUUCACUGUACAUUGCUUUUUAUUUCUAAUCUGUACUUUGUCCAAUAUCAGGAGAGAUAAUUUUCUAUCAUUAGACCUCAGUCUCAAAGAAAUAUAUUAAUGCGGACAAAUUUAAUUCACCGAUUCAUAACCAUAUCUUGCUUUUGAAAUAUUUCACACACAUUUUAUUUCUAUAUGAUAGAGAAAACUUUGUUUUCAAACUUUUAAUUAGCAUCAUUUUCAAAUUGUUAGAAAAUUGACCAGCAACUUAUAUUUAACAUAUUAAAAUUGUAUAGUGAUCACAUCACAUGCAUAGUGACUCGCGAUGUGAUUCCAUACAAAAUGUUCCCUGUAUAAUGUAUAAUAAAUAUGAUAUACACUUUUGUUGCAUGCAAUAUGAAAUUCAUGGUGAUGUGAACUAAUAUCUUCUGAGGAUUGUUAAUGUUUUAGUUUUUCUUGUUGUAAAUAAUACUUGUUAACCUAAAUUUGUAUUUGUUAGAUAGAUUUUAAUUUUAAUUGUUAUAAAAAUAGUUCCUGUACUGUGUACUUUGUAGGAAUAAUCAGUAUCAUAUGUUAUAGUUGGUCCCAAAAUGAUAACUUUUGGAAGCAGGAGUAGACAGCAGACGUUAUUUUUUAAUGCUUCUUGGAUUUACCAUAUAUUCUCAAAAUAAAACGAAUGACUAGAAAGUAGGAACAUUAGUCUCAACUAACAUUACACUCUGUAAUAUGUAAAACAUUCUAUAAUCAUAAUCCUGCAUAAAUACUAAACAGUAUUGUUUAUCCCAGCUUAAAAAACUUGUUUCCAACAAUAUUGUUACAUUCUGAUUGUUACCAGAUUUUUAUGUGCACUGGUGUCAAAGAUAUGGGCCUAGGGGUGUGCAGUUCAUUGACUAUUGCAUAGUGAACAUUGGUGCCAAUUUGAAAGCGGUCUAUAAAAGGAUUCAUGCAUUAUGAGCAAUUAAAAAAAAUAUUUUGAAAAUGACCUUGAUCUUACAUUAGGGAUCUUUCAUGGGAUUGGGGCAUUUUGGGUUGAUAGCAGGAUACCCUGAUGGAAAAUGUCAUUCUUUUGACUUGCAAGUCAAAAAUAAGUUGUUGUUGCUGUUAUAACUUAAGUGCCACUCAUUUGCAUUUUAUGUCAUUGGCAAUACUCUACAUGCAAGUUUUGAAUUAGCCACUUCAUAUGUACAGAAUUGUUUUAACAGAAACCUAAUAAAUUAAUGAAUCAUGUAAAUUAUUAUUAUAAUUAUUAUAAUUUUUAUCACAGUCCCCUUUCCUUUCCAUCGGAUUUCUUCCCAGUCUGACAGCUCCACAUCCCAGUCCUUGUCUCCCCAACUGUAACAGUUGUAUGUUUCUCGAGGCCAUCUGUGCCACACCGUUACCAUUUUCCCAUCAACUUUGGUUGUGGGUGUAGUCUGAUCACUUCAGAGAGUCCUGUAACCAUCUACUAUACUUUUCCACUACAAGCAGGGUUUCUGCCAGAGGGUAAAAUGGGUAUGAUGUCAUGUUUUUUGUUUUUUGUUUUUUUAAGUUGACCUUUUGACAAAAUCCAUGACUCUUAUCAUUACUGUAUGAUUUUCUUAACCCUAACCAUAAACUAACCCAUUUUCUCUCUGGGUGAAACCCCUCCAUACCCCCUACUCACAUUGUAAAUAUUCAAUUUCAUGGUGCCAUACCCAAAAAUUUCUUUCUGGCAAAAACACCGAGAGGUGAUCAUUAUUAGUGACAGGGAGAUUGUGUAAAUUACUCAAACUUUGUAAAUUAGCUGAAUCUUUUAAGUUACAGUAACUAUGUAAAUGACUAAAACUUUCGGGUUAUUUAAACUAUGUAUUGUGUAAUUUACCAAGUCAUAUAAAUUGUCAAAACUGUACAAAUUAUUGAAAUCAAAUACAUACAGCUUGCUGAAACCAUAUAAAAUACCUGAUGGAACGUAAAUUAGGAACAUGAGGUAAAUUUUAUGACACUUAUAUCAGGCCAAAAAUGAAUAUAUGUUUACAGUUAAGAUAUUAAUCUUUUACUUUCAAACUAUUAUAAUGUUAAUUUAUGGAGGUUGUUGGACUAGUAGAAAUUAUAGAUAGCUUAUUUUCUGACAAAUCCUACAUUGUCAGAUAUAUUUUACAAAUUGUUUUGCACAAUCCUAGUCUAUCAAUGCAUUUUUUUCUCAGGCUUAACAACAAUAAUAUAUAUAUAUAUAUAUAUAUAUAUAUAUAUAGCCAUUGUCGGGAAAACACCACAUUACUCACUUUUACAUUGUUUUAACUUUAUUUUUUGGUUGCAAUAGUUUUUUGUGUAUUUUUUAAAUUGUUUUGUUAAAAGCUAAUUAUUUUAUAGUAUCUUCUCCAGGUAAUGUGUCUGCUCUUGGAAGAAAACUAUAAGUUUUGGGUAUUAGAGUGAAAGAUUAAUUUGAAUUGUAUAGAUUUAGCUAAUUUUGAGCUAUCAUUUAAAUAAAACUGUUGCAUCAACUCACAGAAAUGUUUAAUAGAAUUACAUAGUGUAGGUUUUAAAGUAUCCUUUUGUUUUAAUUUUCUUCAACACCAUGGCCUUAGGUCACAAUACAUGUAAAAUUAACCACAUUCUCUUGCAAUUUUCAUAUUUAUUAUCAGUCUAAUUUUUUAAAAGUGAAGAGACAUUUGUUCAUCUCGUCUUAAUUUUUAAAAAUUAUUAUCAAGCAAUACUUACAUGUGUUUUUAUUCUUCUUGCCAUGUCUUAUGCAGCAAAGGGAGAUAAAUCACUCUGGAGAAGAACCAAUAAAAGUAUGUGAUCCUGUAUUAGAGUGUGCUCAUCUUACCAUUACAGUGGGCUUUUUGCCGUCAUAGUAUCCAAAAGACACUAUAUCUUGUAUUUAUGAGUUGUAAACUUGGAAAAGAAAAAUACCUGAACAUCCUUUAGUUUACAAGGUGCGACAUAUUCUGAAAAACUUUGUCCAGCCAUUUCAAGGGGAAAAUGACAUUAACAUACAGAGUUGCACAAAUAAUAUAAUUUAAUUGGAUGACAGUGAUCUCCAUUGUUCACCAUUUUAGCUUAACCGGAACCUAUUUCCUUACAAAAUUUAAUGCACCCAAUUUCAAAAUACAAAUUCUCAUGCACACUCCAAUACAGCAUUAUUUACUAUGUUGAUGAGGACCAGUGAUUUUACUAGGGUUGUUUGUCCAUUUCUGUUAUGCAUAGUUAACUACUGAUUUACUUCUAUGUUAUAAUAAUACAAAUAAUGAGGCUGAAUAAAUGUUGAGAAGCUUU